AAAGUUUGCAGUAAAAAGCCGUACAAGAUUAGUUUUAAAGGAGAAGGAUAGAUGUCUCUAUAUAAUUUUAUCCAAUUGCUUUCUUACUUUACACAGUAUUGUUUACAUAAUUGUUAAUCGGAUCAGUGUUUAAGUGAUUAAGGACCGUUGAAAAAAAUUAAGUGCAGUUUCUGGUAGGUGACUGUAAUUGUUAAUCGGAUCAGUGUUUAAGGGAUUAAGUAUAAUUGUAAGUAUCUGAUUUUGUCUACAGUUUAACGUUAUCAAAAUCAAACCUAUCAGUCGUGGUCUUACUCUUGAUUUUGAGUGAUUUGAAUUCCUGAUUGUGGACUAAUUUUACCUAAUAACAUCAGAUGGAUAAUCAGAUGGAAAUCAUUGACAAAGAAAAGAGGAGAGAACAACAAAAAUUGAAUAAAUUAAAGCCUAAAUUCAUUUUACUCAUGAAAGGCUUCAACGCUAAAGGAGCUCACGAUCUGAAGAAUCGAGAGCAACAAUUUUUAACUCUGGGCGACAUGCAACAAUUAAUCCUAAGUUGCUUCCUUCCCGCGCCAAAACUUAAUUUUAAACCAGAAUGGUUUAUAUUACAGCGAGUGUUGAAAGCUGAGAAGGCUGCUGUUUUCCUGUUAGACUUUGAUGCUGAUGAGCUUCAUUCAAAAUUUUCUACUACAUUUGACGACAUUGUCAGGUUUGAUAUAUAUCCUGAUUGGUUGGACUAUCUAUUGACCAUUAAUUUAUCCAAGAAUCAAACCGCGAAACUUCGACAUCCAGAUGGCACUAUGAAAAUCAAAACACAAAAUACCAGGAAAAUUGAAAGUGAAAACGAAGAACUGAACAGCAAGAGUAAAAAAUUUACAAAAUUGGAUUUGUUGCUAUCUCCUGGUCAAAUGCUAGAAGAAUGCUAUCAAUUUCCUAAACCACUAAGCGACAUUCGCCAUACAAUACGAAAAAGAUAUCUACCCGUGACAGAAAACUCGCCAUUAUUCGCUAUAGAUUGUGAAAUGUGUUUAGCCGAAGGAAACGAAAGUGUUUUGACUCGAGUCAGCAUAGUCGAUGAAAAUUAUAACUUGGUUUUGGAUACUCUUGUGAAACCAGAAGUUCCCAUAAAGGACUAUAUAACCCGUUUCAGUGGGAUCACGAAAGAAAUGCUGGACCCAGUAGACAUAACCUUAUCCGAUGUUAAAAAAAUUUUAAAGAAAAUAAUUCCACGCGAUGCAAUUUUAUGUGGCCAAUCUUUGCAGAAUGAUCUGAAAGCUCUGAAAACAUUCCAUCCCUAUUGUAUUGAUACAAGCGUUAUUUAUAAUUUAUCUGGAUCUCGCGGAUCGAAGCCUGGACUGAAAACAUUAUCGUCCAUUUUUUUGGAAGAAAAAAUUCAACAAGGAAAACGUGGUCAUUGUUCAGUUGAAGAUGCUAGGGCCACAAUGAAAUUAGUCAACCUUAAAUUAAAGAAUGGAUUAAUUUUUGCUGAUCGCGUGUUGGACAAUAGGAUCAACUGGCAAACUCCUGUUGUAUCUUUAAGUACCUUUUUCGAGCUACAUGAAAUUGAUGUCAGAAUUUAUUACGACUACAUUAAUAUGGAUAUGAGUGACAAAUUUAUCUCGGUGUUUAAACGAAUGGAUGGCUCUUUACUGUCUUCCAUUUUCAGAAUAGUCAAUUCUGAUAAGAAAAUCUGUGUCAUAUUAACCAAGAAUGGAUACUGUUAUAUAAAAGUUUAAAUAUUUAA